AUGAUGCCGACGUCGGGCCGCUUCAGCCACCCGGACGGGAACCUGCCGCCCCCAGAGCGCAGGCGGAGGCUGGACGAGUCUCACGGCGACAUCUUCCAGGAGCUCAUGAGCAGGCGCGCGCACGACAUGAUCUCGGGCGCGCAGGACGUAGUCGCCGGGGCGGGGAUGAUCCGCGAGGAGACCCAGCGGCGAAAUCGGGCCCUGCGGGGAGAGAACGACACCCUUCGUGCCUGCGUGGACAUGCUGCUCUGCAGCAGCGGCGGCAGCAGCGGCGUCUCCCCUUUCCAGGCCUCGCCCAUGCAGCUGCUGAGCGCGGCCCGGGGCGUGCGCGACAGGAACCACCAGCGGGAGCUGGCACUGAGCGCCGCCGCGGCGACGGCGGAGAGCGCGCUGCGGGCGGAGAGGACCAGGCGCGAGGGCGCCGGGCUCGAGGCCCGGUUUUCCAGUCAGGCCGCUUCUUCUUCGAGGGAGGCAAGGGGAAGGCGCCAGAACCAGCAGCAGGUCGUCGGGCGGGGAUAUCUGGGGGAAACCUUCAGCAUGGCGCUGCGCGCGCUCAAGAUGGAGAAAGCCGACUUCAUGGACGCCGUCGAGGACCGCAAGCGCGCGGAGCGCGCCCUCGCGGAGGAGAGGGCCGACCGCCGGCAGGCCGAGACGGCCGCGAGGACCGCGCUCCAGGAGGAGAGGAUCAGGCGAGAGCAGGCCGAGAGCCUCGCCAAGUGCGUCAUCUGCUCAUCCCGCCGCCGCAGCCGGGCGCUGCUGCCUUGCGGGCACCUGUUAAUGUGCGACCGAUGCCCCGUCGUCUCCACGUGCCCUAUCUGCCACUAG